UAACCUUUCUCUUCCUCUGUAAAAUUAAAAUUACCUACAGCAGUAUUAAACCAAAAUUAAUACUCAUUGGUUUACACCCUCUUUCUUCUCCUUCCAUUUUGAUGAAGCUCUUAACACUUUGCUUCCCCUAUUAACAGAAUCUGCUCCACCAUUUCUAGCAAAAUCCAAACUUUCUGAGAGAAUAUAUACCUGCCAAAAAGAGAUGAAAGUUUGCUGCAUUUCUCAUUUUGAUGUUACUACCAUAACUUUAGUUUCUAUUAUAAUCAAAUUCAAAACCCUAAUCUUCAUUGUUUUGAAUCUGCUAUUGUCAAGGGGAAAAGCAAUAAAAAGAUAUAGGAAAGGAGAUGAAGGGUUAGAAAUGUAGAAAAGGACAAAUUAGGCAGAGGGUCCAAAAUAAACAAAGCAAGAAAGCCGAUCUCUAUGGUUAGUAGUGGAACUGCAGAGCUGUUUUUUCUGAAGAUCAAGUGGGCAAAUUUUAGCUCAGAGGUCUUGUUUGUGUUAAUUGUAGGCGCUGAGGCCUAUGUGACAAUGCGUUCUCAGUUUCCACAUCCCAACAAAGUUAUGUUAGUGCAUGCUGCUGUAACUUUGGCAACUUCUGUUGGGGCAAUGAUUUGUCUCGCACGUGACAUUCACGUGAAUGUAAGGAACAAACUACCAAUGCAAGGCAGGAGAGAACGGGACUUUGAAAACUGUUGGUAUGGUUAUGCUAAAUUGUGCAACUAUUGCAGGAAUAUUUGGGUAACUGCUAAACUUUUGUCAAUAGUGGAUAAUAUUAGAGUUGUUGCUAGUAUUUUGCAAGUUUUCCUCCGAUUCUGCGAGUUGGUGGCCAGGUCUACAUGUGCAAAAUAUGGUUGCAAGGGAAAGGUCCUUGAGUUCAACUUUUCAAUAAUUCCAUUACUUUUAGCUUUUGCUUGUUUUGCAAAAAGAACAUUUAGCUAA